AUGUUCAGCCUCAAUUCGAAGUGUAGGAAGGAGUUGAGACGCGCGCGAGUGCCCGAGACUUUAAGUCGUUACCCGGACUUCCACAAUGACGUUAGUUCGUCCGGAUACUGUUUCUGUUCGGCGCUGACUGCAAGCACCAGCCCCAAUUGUGGAGAACCUGGGGUAUGCCGAGGUCAUUACCAGGGUGGGCUAAGCCUAUCUCAUCAUCGGAUUUAUCUCGGAGUCUCAUAA